AUGACCGUCCCCCGCGGCGUCGCCGCCAUCCUGACCAAGACGCCCACCGACACGGUCGUGCUGUCGGCCGUCCGCACGCCCGUCUGCCGAGCCAACCGCGGCCUUCUCAAGGACGCCUACCCGGAAGAGCUGCUGGCCACGGUGCUUGCGGCCACGAAGCGCCAUGCGGCUGAGCGGUACGGCCUGGCGCACCAGCGCGUGCAGGAGGUGGGCGUGGGCGUGGUGCUCUCGGAGCUGGGCGGCAGCAAGGCGGCGCGCAUGGCGCUCAACCACGUGGGCUACGACACGCGCGCGACGACGCUGUACACGGUGAACCGGGCGUGCGCGUCGAGUCUGCAGGCGGUGGCGCUGGUGGCGAACCAGAUCCGGGCGGGCGACAUUGACGUGGGCAUCGGCGCGGGCAUGGAGAGCAUGACGCGCAACUACGGCAGCCGGGCGAUCCCCGUGGACGCGUGGCCGGCCCUCCGCGACUCGCCGGACAAGGACGCGCGCGACUGCGUCAUGCCCAUGGGCCUGACGAGCGAGAACGUGGCCCGGCGGUACGGCGUGGGCCGGGCGGAGCAGGACGCGAUGGCGCUGGCGAGCCACCGGCGGGCGGCGCGGGCGGCGGCGGCAGGCGAUUUUGUGGCGUCUGCACAAAAGGGCGACGCCGGCGAGGUCGUGGCCGUCACCACGCAGUACCAGCCGCUGCCGCCCAAGGGGGCACCAGCCGACGCGCCCCCGGCGCCCGUUGAGCAGGUCACGGUCACGCAGGACGACGGCAUCCGCGCCAACGUGACGGCCGAGGCGCUGGCCAAGCUAAAGCCGGCGUUUGUGCCCGAGGGCGGCACCAGCACGGCCGGCAACUCGUCGCAGGUCAGCGACGGCGCAGCCGCCGUGCUGCUGGCGCGCCGGUCGGCCAUUGACAUGGAUGCGUCGAACCAGCCCAUCGGCCGCUUCGUCGGCGCUGUGACCGUCGGCUGCAGGCCCGACGAGAUGGGCGUCGGCCCUGCGCUGGCGAUCCCCGCGCUGCUCGAGCGCUACGGCCUGGCCGUCGCCGACGUGCACCGCUGGGAGAUCAACGAGGCCUUUGCGAGCCAGGCCGUGUACUGCGUGCGCGCGCUGGGUCUCGAGAAGGCGUGGGCCGAGUCAGACGCCGACUACCGCCAGUCAUUGGCGGCACGACCGGCGGCGCUCGUCAACCCCGACGGCGGCGCCAUUGCGCUGGGCCACCCGCUGGGCGCGACGGGUGCGCGCACGGUGUCGACGCUGCUGCACGGCCUGCAGCGGGACGGCGGCGAGAUUGGCGUCGUCAGCAUGUGCAUAGGGACGGGCAUGGGCAUGGCGGCGCUGUUUGUGCGGGAGUAA